GAUAUUUCUGCUCAAGAAAGCAAUAUAUUAGGGGCGUUCUGUGAUAUGAAUGAUGUAGAAGUACCAUUGCACUUGCUUCGUUAUGUUUGUCUGUUUUGUGGAAAAAAUGGCCUUUCCCUCAUGAAGGAUUGUUUUGAAUAUGGAACCCCUGAGACACUGCCGUUUCUUAUAGCACAUGCAUUUAUCACAGUGGUAUCUAAUAUCAGAAUAUGGCUACACAUCCCUGCUGUCAUGCAGCACAUUAUACCCUUUAGGACUUAUGUUAUCAGGUAUUUAUGUAAACUGUCAGACCAGGAGUUGCGACAGAGUGCAGCCCGGAACAUGGCAGAUUUAAUGUGGAGCACAGUUAAAGAACCAUUGGAUACAGCCUUGUGUUUUGAUAAAGAAAGUCUUGAUCUUGCAUUUAAAUACUUUAUGUCUCCAACUCUAACAAUGAGAUUGGCUGGGCUGAGUCAAAUAACAAACCAACUUCAUACCUUCAAUGAUGUGUGUAAUAAUGAAUCAUUAGUUUCAGACACAGAAACGUCAAUUGCAAAAGAACUUGCAGACUGGCUUAUCAGCAACAAUGUAGUUGAGCACAUUUUUGGACCAAAUUUACAUAUUGAGAUCAUCAAACAGUGCCAAGUGAUUCUGAAUUUUCUUGCAGCUGAAGGGAGACUUAGUACUCAACAUAUAGACUGUAUUUGGGCUGCAGCACAGCUAAAGCAUUGCAGUCGUUACAUACAUGACUUGUUUCCUUCUUUGAUCAAAAACUUGGACCCUGUCCCACUUAGACAUCUUCUUAACCUAGUCUCAACUCUUCAUCCAAGUGCUCACACCGAACAGACCUUGUAUUUGGCAUCAAUGCUUAUAAAAGCACUGUGGAAUAAUGCACUAGCAGCUAAGGCUCAGCUGUCAAAACAAAGCUCUUUUGCAUCUUUACUGAGUACCAACCUACCCAUGGGAAACAAAAAAGAAGAGGAGCUCAGAAGAGCAGCCCCUUCACCUUGGUCACCAGCAGCAAGCCCUCAAAGUAGUGACAACAGUGACACCCAUCAGAGUGGAGGCAGUGAUAUUGAAAUGGAGGAACAACUUAUUAACAGAACAAAACAUGUACAGCAGCGACUUUCAGAUACAGAGGAAUCCAUGCAAGGAAGCUCUGAUGAGACAGCCAACAGUGGUGAGGAUGGCAGUAGUGGUCCUGGUAGUAGCAGUGGCCACAGUGAUGGAUCCAGUAAUGAGGCCAACUCCAGUCACGCAAGCCAGUCUGCUGGAAGCCCUGGCAGCGAGGUGCAGUCUGAAGACAUUGCAGAUAUUGAAGCUCUCAAAGAGGAGGAGGAUGAAGAGGAAGAAGAGAGGAAUCAUAAUCCCCAGAAAAGCAGUAGAAGCACAGACUUACGAACGAGGAAACUGGAAUCACAAACGGGCAUUUGUCUGGGAGAUUCACAAGGGGCAUCUGAGAGGAGUGGUGCGAAUAAUGGGGCAGGAAAGGACCAUGUUUUUAACACUGACUCUGUGACACCAGUGGAUAAUCGAAUUAGAAUGCUAGAUGCUUGUCCUCAUGCUGAGGAUGCAGAGCAUGAUAUGACAGGGGAAAUGAGCACUGCUCACAUUUCACAAGGGUCUCAAGAUUCUUGUAUAACUCACACAGGGGACUUCCUUGGGGAAACUAUCGGAAAUGAAUUAUUUAACUGUCGACAAUUCAUUGGACCGCAGCAUCACCACCACCACCACCACCAUCACCAUCACCAUGACGGGCAUAUGGUUGAUGAUAUGCUAAGUGCAGAUGAUGUCAGUUGCAGUAGUUCCCAAGUCAGUGCAAAAUCAGAGAAAAAUAUGGCUGAUUUUGAUGGGGAGGAGUCUGGCUGUGAGGAAGAGCUUGUACAGAUUAAUUCACAUGCUGAGCUAACAUCUCAUCUUCAGCAGCACCUUCCUAACCUUGCCUCUAUCUAUCAUGAACAUCUUAGUCAAGGACCAGCAGUUCAUAAACAUCAAUAUAAUAGCAAUGCAGUGACGGACAUUAAUUUGGAUAAUGUUUGUAAGAAAGGAAAUACCCUUUUGUGGGAUCUGGUCCAGGAUGAAGAUGCAAUUCAUCUCUCUGAAGGGUUAAUAAAUGAAGCAGAGAAGCUGCUCUGUUCUUUAGUAUGCUGGUUCACUGACAGACAGAUUCGAAUGAGAUUUAUUGAAGGCUGCUUAGAAAAUUUAGCAAACAACAGAUCAGUAGUAGUAUCACUUCGUCUUCUUCCAAAGCUGUUUGGUACUUUUCAGCAAUUUGGGAGCAGUUAUGAUACCCAUUGGAUAACAAUGUGGGCAGAAAAGGAACUUAAUAUGAUGAAACUUUUCUUUGAUAAUUUGGUACACUACAUUCAGGCAGUCAGGGAAGGACGACAUAAACACGCGCUAUACAGCCACAGUGCAGAAGUUCAGGUUCGUCUUCAAUUCCUGACAUGUGUUUUUUCAACUCUAGGAUCACCAGAUCAUUUCAGGUUGAGUUUAGAACAAGUGGACAUACUGUGGCACUGCUUAGUAGAAGAUUCUGAAUGUUACGAUGAUGCACUACACUGGUUCUUAAAUCAAGUACGAAGUAAAGAUCAGCAUGCUAUGGGUAUGGAGACUUACAAGCAUCUUUUUUUGGAAAAGAUGCCACAACUAAAACCUGAAACUAUUAGUAUGACUGGCCUAAACCUCUUCCAGCAUUUGUGUAAUUUGGCUCGAUUGGCUACUAGUGCAUAUGAUGGUGGCUCAAACUCGGAGUUGUGUGGCAUGGACCAAUUCUGGGGUAUUGCUUUAAGAGCACAGUCUGGUGACGUCAGUCGAGCAGCUAUCCAGUAUAUCAACUCUUAUUAUAUCAAUGGUAAAACUGGUCUGGAAAAAGAACAGGAAUUUAUUAGCAAGUGUAUGGAGAGUCUGAUGAUAGCUUCUAGUAACCUUGAGCAAGACUCUCAUUCAAGUCUGACGAUUAUUGAAAGAGGACUCUUAAUGCUGAAGACACACCUGGAGGCCUUUAGGAGAAGGUUUGCAUAUCAUCUGAGACAGUGGCAGAUUGAAGGCACUGGUAUCAGCAGUCACUUGAAAGCCCUGAGUGACAAACAGUCACUACCACUAAGAAUUGUAUGUCAGCCAGCUGGACUUCCAGACAAGAUGACUAUAGAAAUGUAUCCUAGUGAUCAGGUGGCUGAUCUACGGGCGGAAGUCACCCAUUGGUAUGAAAAUUUGCAGAAGGAGCAGAUAAAUCAACAAGCACAGCUUCAGGAGUUUGGCCAAAGCAGCCGCAAAGGGGAUUUCCCUGGUGGCCUCAUGGGACCUGUGAGAAUGAUUUCAUCUGGGCAUGAACUGACAACUGAUUAUGAUGAAAAAACGCUUCAUGAAUUGGGUUUUAAGGAUAUGCAGAUGGUGUUUGUAUCCCUGGGCGCACCAAGGAGAGAACGUAAAGGUGAAGGUGUUCAGCUUCCGGCAUCCUGCCUACCUCCUCCUCAGAAGGACAACAUUCCGAUGCUUUUACUCCUGCAAGAACCUCAUCUUACCACCCUUUUUGAUUUGUUAGAGAUGCUUGCCUCUUUUAAGCCUCCUUCUGGAGAAGUGGCUAUGGAAGAUAGUGAGAGUGCAAGGUGUGAAGAACUCCAUCUCCAUGCAGAAAACUUAUCCAGACGUGUCUGGGAACUGUUAAUGCUUCUGCCAACGUGCCCUAAUAUGUUGCAGGCAUUCCAGAAUAUUUCGGAUGAGCAGAGUAAUGAUGGUUUUAGCUGGAAGGAUCUUCUGCGAAUAAAAAGUGCCCAUAAACUUUUGUACGCCCUGGAAAUUAUUGAAGCUUUGGGAAAGCCCAACAGGAGAAUAAGACGUGAAUCUACGGGAAGUUAUAGCGAUCUUUACCCAGACUCAGAUGAUUCAAGUGAAGAUCAAAUAGAAAAUAGUAAAAACACAUGGAGCUGCAAGUUUGUUGCUGCUGGAGGGCUCCAACAGUUACUAGAAAUUUUCAAUUCUGGAAUCUUGGAGCCUAAAGAACAGGAAUCAUGGACAGUGUGGCAGCUAGACUGUCUUGCUUGCUUGCUGAAGCUGAUCUGCCAGUUCGCGGUUGAUCCUUCAGAUCUGGAUUUAGCUUACCAUGAUGUCUUUGCCUGGUCGGGUGUAGCGGAGAGUCACAGAAAAAGAACGUGGCCAGGCAAAUCAAGGAAGACUGCAAGUGACCAUACGAAGGGCCUUCAUAUACCUCGUUUAACAGAGGUGUUUCUUGUACUUGUCCAGGGAACCAGUUUGAUUCAGCGACUUAUGUCAGUUGCUUAUACAUAUGACAACUUGGCACCUAGGGUGUUGAAAGCUCAGUCUGAUCACAGAUCAAGACAUGAAGUAACUCAUUAUUCAAUGUGGCUCCUGGUGAGUUGGGCUCACUGCUGUUCCCUGGUGAAAUCCAGUCUCGCGGACAGUGAUCAUUUGCAAGACUGGCUAAAGAAACUUACCCUUCUUAUUCCAGAGACUGCCGUUCGCCAUGAAUCUUGCAAUGGUUUAUACAAGUUAUCUCUUUCUGGUCUGGAUGGGGGAGACUCAAUUAACCGAUCCUUUCUGCUGCUGGCUGCCUCAACGUUAUUAAAAUUUCUUCCUGAUGCUCAGGCUCUGAAACCAAUCCGAAUAGAGGAUUAUGAAGAAGAAACAGUGCUGCGACCGGGUUGUAAGGAAUAUUUUUGGCUGCUGUGCAAACUGAUUGAUAACAUACAUGUCAAAGAUGCAAGUCAAACCACGCUGCUUGAUUUAGAUGCACUAGCAAGACAUCUUGCUGACUGCAUUCGGAGCAGAGAAAUCCUUGACCAUCAAGAUGGUAAUAUAGAAGACGAUGGACUUACAGGACUGCUUCGUCUUGCAACAAGUGUUAUUAAGCACAAACCACCCUUUAAAUUUUCUCGCGAAGGCCAGGAGUUUCUGAGAGAUAUCUUCAAUCUUCUGUUCUUGCUGCCAAGUUUGAAAGAUAGACAACAGCCAAAAUGCAAGUCACAUUCUUCAAGGGCUGCUGCUUAUGACUUGUUGGUAGAAAUGGUAAAGGGGUCCGUGGAAAACUACAGGCUGCUCCACAACUGGGUUAUGGCACAACAUAUGCAGUCUUCCCAUGCACCUUACAAGUGGGAUUAUUGGCCACAUGAUGAUGUGCGUGCUGAAUGCAGAUUUGUGGGUCUAACUAAUCUUGGAGCAACAUGUUACUUAGCAUCCACUAUUCAGCAACUGUACAUGAUACCGGAGGCCAGACAAGCAAUCUUUACUGCAAAGUAUUCAGAAGAUAUGAAACACAAGACCACUCUACUAGAACUCCAGAAGAUGUUUACAUACUUAAUGGAAAGUGAAUGUAAGGCAUACAAUCCAAGACCUUUCUGUAAAACCUAUACCAUGGAUAAGCAGCCACUGAACACUGGAGAGCAGAAAGAUAUGACUGAAUUCUUCACUGACCUAAUAACAAAAAUAGAAGAAAUGUCUCCAGAACUGAAAAAUACCGUGAAAAGUUUGUUUGGAGGUGUUAUCACAAAUAAUGUUGUUUCUUUGGACUGUGAGCAUGUAAGUCAGACUGCUGAAGAGUUCUAUACAGUAAGAUGCCAGGUGGCAGAUAUGAAGAAUAUUUAUGAAUCUCUUGAUGAAGUAACUAUUAAAGAUACCUUGGAAGGUGACAACAUGUAUACGUGUUCUCAUUGUGGGAAGAAAGUGCGGGCUGAAAAAAGGGCAUGUUUUAAGAAACUACCUCGUAUCUUAAGCUUCAACACAAUGAGAUAUACAUUUAAUAUGGUAACCAUGAUGAAGGAGAAAGUCAAUACACAUUUUUCAUUCCCUUUACGUUUGGAUAUGACACCUUACACUGAAGAUUUCCUCAUGGGAAAAAAUGACAGAAAAGAGGGUUUUAAGGAAGAUGGUGACUAUUUGAAAGAAACUGAAAGUUAUGAAUAUGAUCUGAUAGGCGUAACGGUUCAUACAGGAACAGCAGAUGGUGGACAUUACUACAGUUUUAUCAGAGAUAUAGUCAAUCCCCAUGCGUACAAAAACAACAAAUGGUAUCUUUUCAAUGAUGCUGAAGUAAAACCAUUUGAUUCUGCCCAGCUUGCCUCAGAAUGUUUUGGUGGAGAAAUGACU